UAACAGAAACGAAGAAGAAGAAGGAGGAGGUGAACAACAUGGCGGUGAUGGCGUUUUGACCAAAACACAUAGAGCGACCAUCGAAGAGAGGCGAAAUACGAGAGAACCGUCACCUACAAACACAUCUUUGGUUCUUACUAACGUGGUUUAGCGAGAAGACAUCCAGCCAUGGCCGAGGAGACCACCGCCAGCACGGAGGGCAUCGUGGGUCUGGAUGAACCCAAGAAGAUGACCAGGGAGGACUGGAGGAAGAAGAAGGAGCUGGAGGAGCAGAGGAAGCUGGGAAACGCUCCAGCCGAGGUGGACGAAGAGGGAAAGGACAUAAACCCUCACAUCCCUCAGUACAUUUCAUCAGUGCCGUGGUACAUCGACCCGUCCAAGAGGCCCACGCUAAAGCAUCAGAGACCCCAGGAUGAAAAGCAGCCGCAGUUCUCAACCAUUGGGGAGUGGUACAAAAGAGGAGUGCAGGAGAAUGCGAUUACCACUAAAUACCGCAAAGGCGCUUGUGAGAACUGUGGGGCUAUGACACACAAGAAAAAAGACUGUAUGGAGCGACCCAGACGAGUUGGAGCCAAAUUCACCGGAACGGCGAUAGCUCCGGAUGAACACUCUCAGGUCCAGCUCGCUUUGGACUAUGAUGGAAAGCGGGAUCGCUGGAAUGGGUACGACCCCGAGGAGCAUCAGCGCAUUGUCGAGGAGUACAGCAAAGUAGAUUUGGCCAAAAGGACGUUGAAGGCUCAGAAACUCCAGGAUGAGUUGGCUUCUGGAAAAUUAGAGCAGGCUGAGCGAGAAUACGACAGCGAAGACGAGGACGAGGACAAGUAUGCAGAUGACAUCGACAUGCCGGGUCAGAACUUUGACUCCAAGCGACGCAUCACAGUGAGGAAUCUGCGUAUCCGAGAGGACACGGCUAAAUACUUGAGAAAUCUGGAUCCAAACUCGGCGUACUACGAUCCAAAGACCCGAGCUAUGAGAGAGAACCCGUACUCCAACACCGGCAUGAACCCCGACGAGGUGAACUACGCCGGAGACAACUUUGCUCGCUACACCGGGGACACAAUCUCCAUGGCUCAAACACAGCUGUUCGCCUGGGAGGCUUACGAGAGAGGCUCCGAGGUCCACCUUCAGGCUGACCCCACCAAACUGGAGCUGCUUCAUCGGUCCUUCAAAGUCAAAAAGGAGGACUUUAAAGAGCAACAGCGAGAGGGCAUCCUGGAGAAGUACGGAGGCGAGGAGCACCUGGACGCACCGCCGCGGGAGUUGCUUUUGGCGCAGACUGAGGACUACGUGGAGUACUCCCGCCACGGCGCGGUGCUGAAGGGACUGGAGAAGGCCGUCGCCCGCUCCAAAUACGAGGAGGAUGUCCUCAUCAACAACCACACUUGCAUAUGGGGCUCCUACUGGAAGGAUGGCUACUGGGGAUACAAGUGCUGCCACUCAAUGGUCAAACAGAGUUACUGCACGGGACAAACAGGAAUUCAAACGCAGAGCACUUCAGACUGCACUCCGUUUGAGGAGGGCUUGCAGGAGCCCCUGGAAGAGGAACAGCCAAAGACUCUGCUGGAAAUUCAUCAAGACAAGAUGAAAGAGAAGAAGAAGAAAAAGAAGAAUAAAAAGAACAAGAAGCACAGCUCGGACAGCAGUGACUCUGAGGAUGAAGAAAAGAAGAAGGAGAAGCUGAAGAAGGCGCUGGAAGCAGAGGACAAGCGAGUGAAGCACGUCGACGCGUUGAUGCAGAUAGACGAGAGGAAGAGGCCCUACUACAGCCUGCAGGAGGUCAAGGCGCCGACUGAGGAGGAGAUGGAGGCCUUCCGCAUGAAGCGCUGCCGGCCGGAUGAUCCCAUGGCUUCCUUCCUGGGACAGUGACCUUAUGCCAUUCCCUGUUGAUCAUCCUUAAUGUUCUGCAAGGACUCUAGCAGAGUUGCAGCCACGUUGGAUCACAAAUGCUAAAGCAACCCUGUACUUAGCUUGCAAAUAUCUGACAUGGGUCAUUUCUCUCUGUUUUUGUGUUUUUUCCUAAUUUCUCAAUUUAUUUACUUCUCUGGAUUUUACAGCUAAAAGCAGAAUUUCUUCCACAAGAAUAAUAUGUAUUUUACCAUAAACAUUGUUUGAUGUAGUUUUUUCCUAUGUUGUCUAGAAACUUUAGACUGAUUUGUACUAUUUUGUACAAAUCAGUUUAAAAGGUAAAAUUUUGAUGAGGAGAAACGAAAAUUAAAACAUCAACCUGCAUUGUGUGGAUUUAUCCUUCAUACUUGUAAUUAGAAAAAACAGUUUUGGAAA